UAAUUUCCCUGAUAGUGGUACAUUACAAUCCAAAUUAACUUUUAACAAUGCCUCUAUCUUGUAUCUGCAUAUAGUAUAAUUACUUCAUUAAUCGAUAUUCAGUGUUGCGGCAGAUUGUGGGAGGGCACAACAAAUUGAGAUGGAUCUAUCCUCCACAGAGGGCAGUGAGGCCUCAGAUGACUCAGGAAUAUGGAUGUCAGUACUCAAAUGUUACAUUUGUGGAGAUUUAUUCCGGAAACCUCGGAUACUGCCUUGUGGACAUACGUUCUGUUCAGACUGUUUGUUAUCGUUACGAGAUGAAGUGGCCAUGGAGUUUAAAAAGAAGUACAAGGCUGCUUUUAGGAGAGGUGAAAGUGGUGUGAUGACCUGUCCACAUCCAGAAUGUGACUAUUCGCUGAGAAUCAUGAAUUUGAGAAGAUGGACAAUGAAAAACAAAGCAGCUGCAGAAGCUGUUGGGAUGUUGAGAAAGAAAAUCCAGGACAAAAGGGAAAGUGCAACACAGACAAAUCUUCAGCUUGGAAACCAACCUCUAUCUUUACCUAGGAUCCUGUAUACAGUCUCUCGACAGCCCCAGGAGGAUGUCGUAACACCUACUAGUAAUAUGGAACAUAUGACUAAUUCGUUAUUAAGAAUGGACCCAAUCAGCAAAUCACAUCUGUCAUUAAACACAGAGGUCAAAUCUUGGAGGUCAUUAGCUACAUUAAUUGGUAUGAAUUUGGUAGGAGAGAUGUUUUCUCUGUCGUACUAGUUUCUUACUGCUCAUAUAUGAUUACUUAACAAUGUGCCAUAUAAUGAACUAUAUAAUCCUU